GCUAGUUCAGUCCGCGCUAGGCGACAUACCACAAUGCGCGUCCUUAUAGUACUAGCUCUUAUAAUAAGCGACGUCACAGUACACGCGUCCAUAUGUGAGCUAUGUGCCUGCAGACAAUACAGUGCCAUUGAAUAUCUAGGAGAGAGUGUGGAUUGCAGUUACACCAACCCAGUGUUGUUCAACAUCCAAGAUUCUUUACCAAACAUGGUGUAUAGCCUCGAUUUGUCAUCAAACAAUUUAAGCGAUAUUUCAAACUCUUAUUUAUAUCAGUCCAAGUACAUGAAAGAAUUAAUUCUGAGCAACAAUAAGAUAUCGCGGAUAGAAUCAAAUGUUUUACAACUACCGGAACUUACAAAAUUGGAUUUGAGUAAUAAUAAACUGGAGUUUAUUGAUAAAGAUGUUUUUAAUGAUAUUAAAAAACUGGAGUAUUUAAAUAUAGCUAAUAAUAGAUUUACAACAUUUACUAGAUUAGCGUUUCAUCAUCUUAGUAAUUUAAAUCAAAUUAUUUUAGACAAUAAUAACAUUGGACCAAGUUUGAGACAAACAAACUUAUUUGACAGAUCAGGAUUUGGUCUGACACAUAAAAUCAAAGAUAUAAGCAUGAGUGGUAUAAAUUUAAACAUAGUUCCUGAUAACUUUUUCCUUGAAGUAUAUGACUUGAGGAGACUCACAAUAUCUAACAACAAUUUGACGGAUAUCUUCGAAAUACCGUUCACGCUCGAAUAUUUAGACCUGUCGGAUAAUCCUAUUGAGGAAAUAUCUAGUGAAGACUUCGAUUUGCCCGCGCUAAAGGUUUUGAAGCUAAACAAUUUGGGUAUAACUGAAGUUCCUGAUUACGUGUUUACUGAUUUACAUGGAUUAAAAAAGCUUGAGCUUGAAAGAAAUAAAAAUCUUACUGAAUUUAGUAUGUUAUCGUUUGGAAGGGAAGUGUUAGAAGACGCUGAUGAUUUUACAUUGGAAGAGCUAUCUCUAUCCGGGUCUCGGAUUCGUAGACUGGGCGAGAGACUGGCGGAGCCGUUCGGGCAACUGGUGAAGUUAGACCUGCAGGGGAACCCCUGGGUUUGUGACUGCAAUAUCGUGUGGCUCAAGAGGCUGCAAAUACCAGAGAGGGAUUACGACCAUUUGAGAUGCCGCUCCCCCCGCCCUCUGUACAACGCGCGUGUCUUCGAGCUGCCAGACUCCUACUUCGUGUGCGCGUCCGACCGGCACCUCACUGCCUUCAGCGUCGCGGCCAUAGGCUUCUGUGUGAUACUAGCCUUUAUCGCUGUUUGGUUCUUUCUAGUGGUUCCUAAGUGGCAUAGUCGGGGCACGGAAUUGGGGCACACCUCUCCUAUUGUACGAUACAGGAUAUUGUCCAGCUUCUAUUCUACACCACUAUAACUACUAGUCAUAAUAACUUUUACUUCGGGCCGUCCCUAAUGCAUUUACAAAUAGUGCGAUAGAGACGGCCUCAUGUUUUAUCAUUUAUCGCGCGACCAUGCUUGCCUGCCUGGUGCCUAAAUGUAAAUGGCACUCGUGAUAUCAUCGAACCCCAUGAAAUAAGGCCCGAGCAAUAAAUAGAUUGUGUCAUCCACGAAGACAUGAAAAAUUGACAAAUCUUACUUUUAAUGUCAUGACAAUACGAAUCAAGGCACGCGUUCUUGUGAAUGACGAUCUAUCUAUAAUAGUAGGAUAUAUAAACGUAUCUAAAUUGUUAAAUAAACUUAAUCGUUAACUAAUAAAAAUAGUCUGUGAUAAAUAACAGGUCAUUAAACGUAUAGUAAUUAUAGUUUAAACAUAAACAUAGUUGUAAAUAAAGUCAUAAAAGUUUAAAUAAAAAACAGAGUUAAAAAUCACUUUAUAUAUUUAAUAAAAAUACAAAAGUGUACAUUUGUCUUACAAUGACAUAUCAAAUCUUUGUGCUGUCCGGCAAACAUUUGUGCUACGAGAUUCAGCUUGAGUAUUCACUUACAUUUUACAUUUUACAAACAUAAUACUUUCAUUCAUACAUACAAGUACAAAACUAUGAUUUAGAUUGCACAUAUUUAAAAACAUUGAACAAGAGCAUGAUGAAAUUCAGAGGAUUAUUUUUUGAAAGUUUGAUAAGUUUAUUAGACGGUCAACCAAAUCUUGACAUUAAAAACGUCGCGAAAUUCAAUUUUUUUAUAGGAAUGAAAUCAAUCAAUCAAUUUUUUUUGUUAUAGUAUUAAUCCUUCACCCCUAGAUUUUCAAUAAAUUUGUGAUAUGAAGAAAAUUGGCCGUGAGACAUUUUUCAAGCCUCCUUUUUUAGUGCCUAGAUUUGGUUGGCCAUCUAUAAAAAGGCAAGGAAAAAGAAUUCUGUUAUAAAAAAUCUAGACAUGUAGUUUAUCAUACUCUGGCAAGAGAAACUGUAUCAAAUUUCUUACAAGUGUUUGUCUUGUCCCAGUGUUUGAGUUACCCCGUCUAAAUAACCAUUUCGCAUUGCCUCUUUUUCCACGUUUUAGUGCGAGAAAGAGAGACACGAAUUGUUAUUUUGGUUACCAAAAAAAAUAAGAUUAAGUUGUAGGUAUUAUAAAAUGUCAUAAGUCAUGUUAAAUUUAAUAAUUAUAGUUUAGAAAUUGUU